AUGACUUAUUACAACACAAAAGGAAGUCCAAUGAGGGAGGAAAGAGGAAAACAAGACAAGCAAGCAAAGUUCAAGCACACUGAUAAGAACAGAAUAAAGAUAGUAAUCACAUUUCCAGGUUCAGGGCUACAGGCAGAUAUACAGUGUGAUGGACAUGUAUGGAUAGAACCAGCCCAAGUCAUUCUGAUGGGUCAGAAUAUUUCUAUAAACUGUCAUUCCCCUACAGAACUAUGCAAGAAAGCCCAACUAUAUAUGCACCUAAAUUUUGUUCGUGUUGAGGACAGAUUCUUGUCAGUUAUAAACAAAACUACGAUUCAGCUUCAGCUUCAAGAUUUUAACAGUCCAUUUUCCACUGUUGUAUGUUAUGCCAGUUGUCCCCAGUCCCAACAUGCUGAAGUUAAACUGGUAUGUGGAACACAAUUUUGCAUGGGCUAUUUGCCGGACCAGCCUGCUGAUUUAACCUGCUUCAUACAGGAGUAUUCAAAUAAUCUGACAUGCACUUGGGACCCUGGCAAAGACACACAUUUAAACACUAGAUACAAUGUGCAUUUGAAGAGUUUACAGACAGAAGAGAACAAAACCUUCACUUCAAGCAGCAAUUUAUCUAUCAUCCCUCUGGCCUAUCUGCAGAAAAGCCAAAGGUUUUAUGUUUGGGUCUUUGCUGAAAAUGACCUAGGAACAGCUCAUUCAGAUCCCUUAUAUGUUGACCUCGAGGAGACAGUGAUACCGAUGACACCAACUAUAACCCAGGCUGAAACUGUGGAUUAUCCAGUAUUUAAGACUAUAAUCAAGUGGGAGAAGCGAACUGCAUUCAACGAUACCCACUGCGAAGAGCGUCACAAGGAGACUACAAGUGAAACUUGGCAUGUCAGAGAACUGGUUGUUGAUUUUAAGAGAGAUCAUUACACUGAGUACAACUUAGAUGCAAACACCAAGUAUGAGUUCCAAGUUAGAUGCAAAUUAAUUCAACCUGGAAGUUUUUGGAGCACAUGGAGUGAACCUGUAACAUACAUGACUUCAGAGGCUGAACCAUCUUCAGUACUUGAUGUGUGGAGAUAUCUGGGACCAAAAUACCAGAAUGGUAGCCAAGAAGUAACCAUCUUAAUCAAGCCAUUUCUUCCAAAAGAAAGCAGAGGACAAAUUCUGAGUUACAGUGUGUUCUGUGAAAACCAAGGGGAAAUUAUGAGUUUAUGUAAUACAACAGAGACAAAAUGCAACAUUUGGGUGCCUGCAACAGUGACCAGUGUCUAUGUGACAGCACAAAAUUCAAAAGGAAGUUCCAAACCUGCAAACAUUACGGUGAACCAACAGUCCUUUAAUUAUCAUGAUUUUCCACCCCCUACUGAUAUGCAAAUUAUUCAUCAUGAACAGAAGGGAAUUUAUGUUAUGUGGAAACUUCCCAUGUCCAUUGGAAAAACAGUCUUGUGGUACAUAGUGGAAUGGACUUGUGCAGGUUGGCAUAGUGAUUACCAGCAUGACAUUUUGUGGGAAAAAAUCCCCAGUCAGAACACGACAACAUAUAUACCAGGAAACUCAUAUAGAGUUGUAAAAAAUGGUGCUGUGGUGCAAGCAGAUGAUGAUGUUGGAGUUCUCUUGGGAAUUGGCAUUGGAGUAGCCUUCUUAUCUUUCUUUAUUUUGGCAUUCAUCACUAAGAAGUCAUUCAGAAAAAGGUUUAGCACAGUGUUUAUUUCAGUGACACCCAAAUGGCUACUUGAAGAUUAUCCUCAGGUGCAGAACAGCAGUGUGAUCAGAUUGCUUCAGGAAAAAAAUUGUUCUACGAUGCACAAUUUCAACUGGCUGUCAUUGGAUUAUGAAGAUGCAGUAGUAACUGAAGUAGAGGAGACAUUGGUAGACACAGAGUGUAGAGCUUUGGAUAAUAAAAGGGAAACCAAAAAAGCCGUUUGCGAGAUCAGCCUACCAUUUGUCAACAAUUCUGACAUGACAGAGGAAAAUGGCUACAAACCUCAGGUUUGCAACAAGGCAUCCUUCUUCCAGAGCAGUUCUGAAACACAUUCUCAAAAUCUGGAUGCAAAAUCAAAUCUCCUAGCUUCACCCAUGAAUAUUUUAAUAAAAGAUUAUAUGAGCCCUAUUACUUCCACGUGGUCUACUGAGGGCACUGAUGAAAAUACACUUUUACUUGAGAAAGUCAAUCUUAUUCUGAGCAACAGUAGAAGUGGGCAGAGCAACAUAUUCACUUCUACAGAAGAACCAAAUAGACCAACAGAAAAUCAAUGGAAGCUCCCAUCAUCAGAAGAUAAUAUUCAAGAACAGACCUUAAUAUCAGAUGAAUUUCUCUCUUGUUUAAGAGCUGUGAAUGAAAACUCUACAGAUUUAAUGUCUUAUUUUCCACAAAGCAUUGCAAAGUGA